AUGGCCCCACGCCCUUCGUAUCGACCCGCCAUUCUGAAGCCAGAGAGCGGAGGAAUCUAUACUUCGACCAACCUCACGAUACCAGGAAUAUUGCGGCUUAUCAUUGGGUUUCUGGUGUCCCUUUUGCUCCUUCCGCUGAACACCUCAGUUCUUUUGAGCACAGCUCUCCUCAACCGCUUUCACGCUCUACGCAGUCCAGAGCAACUUAAUCGGCAGCAGCUGUUACAAAAUCCUCACUUUUACCCCAAGACUAUUCUUAUUACCGGUGUUAGUACAGUGCGAGGACUCAAGCUAGCUCGUCAGUUUCACUAUGGAGGACAUCGGGUGAUUGGCGCUGACGUGGGCUUGCUCCCGGUUCGCCCUGGUGGCAGCAUGUCCAACACGAUCUUUGCUUAUUAUUCCGUAUCAAAAGCCCAAUACAUAUGCAACCUGAUUGAUAUUAUCAACCGAGAGAAAGUGGAUUUGUGGAUUCCAUACUCGGAUUUCGUGACGCCCGUUGAAGACGGAAUGGCGAAAAGUACGAUCGAGAGCCGCACGGCCUGUAGAUGUUUCCAUGUCAAUAUGAACUACGUGACUCUCUUUGACCAGACUGACUCGUUCUUGAAACAUGUCAGUGAGAGGGGAUUGCCAACAGCUGCAAAGCAAAAAGUCCACUCUCGUGAUUCGCUUCAUCGAAUUCUGAACGGGUCACCGAACAAAGCAUAUCUCGUUUACAAUCCCUCCAAAGGAACCGUGCAGGACGCUGUCUCCUUGCCUAAAAGUACCCGCAGUCAAACAUAUUCAGAUGUCAGUGUGCUUGAAAUCUCCAAAGAUAACCCGUGGAUCCUCCACCAACGCGGAAGACUAGGCAAGUACUGGGUAGACCUGGUCUUAGUCCGGGGCUAUGUCAGAGCUAUACAAGUCCAUCCACUACACUCACAACCAUCUGAAAAGGGCGACUCUAUCGUUGAAAAUGGUCUACAUGAAACGAUGAAGCGGCUCAUGGACAGCUUCGCAGAGAAGGUUGGACCUCGUAUCAGCGGACAUUUAUCCAUCCAACUCAUGGUUGACAAAGAAAUUGCGACCAACUCAGUGUGCUACGCCAUAUAUAUAUGUGGCUGCCGGCAAGGAAGUGCUGCCACCUCCGGGUUACUAGAUGAUCCUCCGCCGGACCUUUUUAACAUUUACUUAGAGAUACUUUCUCCCGAAGUAAAUGGAAUCCCUAGCACCCCCGAGGGGGUGCCAUUCGGCGAGUCCGGGAAAAAUCACGCUGCUGCAUGGGAGCAGCCGCGAGCCUCAUCUUCGUGGGUGGCAGAAAUAACAAAAAGACUUGCGGGACAGAUAGAACAACUCCAGCAUGCAAUUGCGCCUCUCGUUCACUUUUCUCAACGAGCGCAUGGUUUCGAGCUACUAGACCGUACCGGAUUCUCCAUACUUGAUCCGUUGCCCUGGUGGUGGCAUUACCACAUCAGUCAGCCCUUGAACAGUCUGGUUUCCCUAUUUGACGGUGAAGUUGAGAUGCCUGUGAAGAGUCAUUCAUGGAACGCCCACAUACACGGAUUCUCCACUGCAAACCGAACUCAGAGGUAG